UCGAUUUCUUUGACCUCAAAAUCCCCAGAUUCGUCGAGCGCGAGGUUUCACUGAAAACACCGACCUUUUCCUAGAUUGCGAUGCUUUCGUCUGAUCCGAUGUGAUGUCCCAAUUCUGGAUCGUGCUCGGCCAAUUCGAUCCCAUCCAGUCCCAAUCCAUGUCGACAUCGAAGAAGGUGAUCGCGAGAGAAGAAUGGGAGAGGAAGCUGAAGGAGGUGAAGAUUCGAAAGGACGACGUGAACAAGCUCGUCAUGAAUUUUCUCGUCACUGAAGGCUACGCCGACGCCGCCGAGAAGUUUCGGAUCGAAUCGGGAACUGAACCAGAUAUAGAUCUCGCAACGAUAACGGAUCGAAUGGCGGUGAAAAAGGCACUUCAGUCUGGUAAUGUGCAGGAUGCAAUUGAGAAAGUUAAUGACUUGAAUCCUGAGAUACUGGAUACCAAUCACCAGCUAUAUUUCCAUCUACAACAGCAGAGAUUAAUAGAACUGAUCCGUCAUGGAAAAAUAGAAGAAGCUCUGGAGUUUGCUCAGGGGGAGCUUGCACCAAGGGGCAAAGAAAAUCGAAGUUUUCUAGAGGAGUUAGAGAGAACAGUUGCUCUACUGGCGUUUGAAGAUGUUGAAAACUGCCCAUAUGGAGAACUUCUGGAUGUGUCUCAACGCUUGAAAACUGCAAGCGAAGUGAAUGCCGCAAUAUUGACAAGCCAAAGUCAUGAAAAAGAUCCAAAGCUUCCCAGCUUGCUUAAGAUGCUGAUAUGGGCUCAGAAUCAGCUCGAUGAGAAGGCUGCUUAUCCACGUAUUAAUGACUUGUCCACGGCUGCUCUUGAAGACACAGCCAUCUGAAAAUAUAUGCUUUAUAUCGAGGACAAGGUCUGUUCUUCUGGUGCUAUGUCUCCAGAGAAUAGAUCAGGAGUUCAGGACAUAUGUGAAUAGCUUCAUUACUUUCAUUAAUUGCUGUGCGAAGUUUAGGUUUCAGAGUGUAGAAUGUGCAAAAGCUUGUUACUCUGAAUGUGCUAUAUGUGUUACGUUGUUUCAUGGAAUUGGUGGGUCUCUCCCUGGUAUCAUGAUAUAUGAUUGAAGAGAUAAGAAAUUAAAGCCUUAACUGUUUUUUGAUU